AUGAUAUUGUGGCUUACCCAUAGGCGCGCCGAUAAGACUCGACCGCAUACGGAUUAUGAGUACAAUGAUGGAAGACGCUCCCCUCGAGAUCGAUCUCCUAUAGAUCGGUCACCAAGACGAUACCUCGACUCCCGCGACUCGGAUACUUACAGAGGUGCUGGGCGAGGUGGAGAAAGACGUCGAUCACCAUCGAAUUCAAGAGCGAAUGCUGCUUCCUUCAACCACAACCAAAAUCGAGAACUUUUUGGGGAUAGGCAUAUACCUCCGCGAGACCAAAACCAGAAUUUGAACCGAGAUACAAAUCGAGAUACAAAACGAGACUUAAACCGAGAUACAAACCGAGAUACAAAUCGAGAUACAAAUCGAGAUACAAAUCGAGAUACAAAUCGAGAUUCAAACCGAGAUUCAUCCCUGCGCGAUCCUCCUCGUGGACCAAGGGCGGCUGGUUCCAAAAUUUAUAUCGAUCCCCCAAGCGGCCCUCGUGGAAACAGUUUCAGCGAUGGGUAUCGAGGCGAUUUCGGAUAUCGGGGAGAUUAUAGAGGUAGCAGAGGUCGUGGUCGCGGAAGAGCUGGCUGGCGAGAAGAGAGCAGAGAUCGCGACCGAGAUCGAGACCGAGAACGUGGCCGGGAAAUAGAUAGAGAUAGAGACUACAGAGAUCCGCGAAGGGAUAAUAGAGGACCUCUGGUCCCAUUCCGAAAUGAUCGAAGCCGUGAUCGCGAGUGGGGCGGUCGGGACAGCUUCAAAGCCAGGAGACCUUCUUCACCACUUGUUCGAGGAAGAUCCCCUAAUUAUAUCGGUAGAGAAACUCGUGAUGCGCCUUUAAGCCUGGACCUGGACCGAGCUCGAAGAGGUUCGCGAGACGGUCCAAUGGCUGUUACGUCCCCUUCCUCCGAAUCAUCUCAGCCGUUUGUGCACGGCUACGGUAGGGCUAGAGGAAACGGAGUAGGACGUGGACGCGGUCGACCCUAUUAUGAUGAACACUACCAUCGACCUCAAGUCCGUAGUAGAUCUCCCGAGCCAAACUUUCCUCGCAGAACUCAACCUUCAGCUACCCCCCCUCCCCAAGUGCCCGCAUUCGGAUCAACUGGAACAUCUGCCUCGGUCAGUCAAAGUCCCAUUCCAGGUAUAUCGGUCCCAACCGCGCCCCGUUUUCAUGCAGGCCGAGGGGCUCCAAGCAAUCACUACGUACCAGCAAAGCCUAUUAUUCCACAGCCGAUUGAGAAUCCAGCCUUGGAGCUCAGAUCGGAAGCACAAAUUAUUGCAACACCCGAACAUAAAUUUGAUGAAACAGCACGUGUCAAUGAAACACGUCGCCAGCGCAAACCCCUUUUUGGUAGACGGCCACCCCAGAUACCGAUUCGUGACGACUAUUCCGAUUCGGAUUUAGAUCCCUUCAAUGAUGAUGACCCGGAGGAUGAGAUCAAUUUCGAGAGUGAAUUGGCGCAGGUUCAACGUGACAUGGACAUUGCUCAUAGUAGGUCUGACCCACCUACCGUUGACCAGGUUUUCUAUAUGAAGUCAUAUAUAAACCAUCCUCUAGUCGCAGAGGGUGCACGAGACGGUUCCGAUGCGAUUGCCGAGUGCAUUGUUCCCAAUUUCGAAACUGUUGAGCCUGGAAUGAAGAUGCAGGGCGCAAUAAAGUCUGAGCCCGACCCCGAACUUUCCUUCGAACCUGAACAAGGGCACGACGCAGUGCUGCGCGAAAUGCCACCUUCCGGAACCAUUAUACGUGAAGACUUUCAUGAUUCAGUUUUAGCACCUCCAUCGUCUACCAUGGCGAUGACCAUUAGUGGUGGGGAAGACGAGCAAUCUCAAGGGCCCAAUCACCAGUCGCAAGUAGCUGACGAUGGGAAAUUACGUAUGCCCUUGGGAGAAUCCCCACUGCCAACAGUUCUACCUGUUACAUCCUUGGGUGUUCUCAAUGAAACAGUAAUGUAUUCCACAUCAUUGCCUCUUGACAGGAGUCGAUCGCCUUCGGAAGGAGAGCCUCGCAUUCCGACCAGAUUGGCGGACACUGUUGGUUAUGCGCCACCUCAUCACACGAUGAUAAGAACCGCUUCAAUGCCUCUGCAAAUAAAUUUCAUCGACGAGGAUACUUCCAAAGUUGAUGCGUUCAAAGACUCUUCACCCUAUGCCGAUCCAUCUGCCACCAUUGAGUCUACAGAUAAUCAAUCUUCCACGACUGCAUCGUCAUUGUUACCAAGCACUGAUCUGGAAACCAACGAUCCCACUAGCUUGGAAACUCGACCUCAUGUGGCGGGAUUUUCGAGUUCGGAGAGACCAGCGCAGUCACUGGAAGAUCAUUCAAAGUUUAUUUUGGAUCCGGAGAGAAGAAAUGUAGACUCUUUCACGGAGAUACCUCUUUCUGUUUCGGAAGAAGCAUUCGGGUUUGAAGCGGAGAAGGACAUCAAUCUGAUAUCCUCAAUAGACUCUAUCGACACUGAGAUUCGGCCGGAUGCUCACACACCUGAAGAUGACUCAAUGAUUAGCCCAAAGACUAAAGUUCCCAUUCAAACAUCAAUGCUUGAAGUUACAAGUGGUGAUCAUCCAAUGGAAGGUGUCGUCUCAGGGGCACCGGAAAGAGAUGGACCUAUCAACUUGAAUAUUGUUGAUGUUAAAUUUGACGAACCCGAAGGGGAGACCUACCGCGAUCGAGGUAAACUAGAUGGAGCGUAUGACUCUCCUGCACCGCAUACAUUGUCACGAGUACCACAAGCACCAGAACUCACGAUGGGAGUGCCCGAGGAUAGUGAUGACGACGAAGAUGAGGCCGAACAAGCCGGGUUUCAACUUCUACGUCAGAAACUCGUCCAGCAAGAAGCUGCCCUUGAAGAGGACCGCCAGUUCAAAAUCCUUGAGUCUGUUAGACACCCCAGAGAUACAAAGACACCUCCUCCAGAAUCUUUACCGAUGUUCAACUAUAACAAAUGGGACGAGAAUCCAGAGUUUUUGAGCUACCUUGAACUUGGACCCCAUACUGAUUCCGGUCUGACGAGCUUAAUCGAGAAAAAGAUGGCGCGGAGAUGGAGGGAGCAACAAGAACAGGGGAAGUUGUGGUCAGAGAGUUAUGCCAAAUACCGCAGAUUUACUGAUAAAGAUGGUGGUCCAGUUGCUUCUCAAAGCAGAUUGGCCUUCACUAAAGCCCGGGAUAAAGAGAGCGAGGAAUUGGUCGAAAGAGGCAAGUCGGCAACUGGUUUAGAGCUCAAAGCAGAGGGCCAGCGGCGUACUGGGAGUAGGUUUGCGACGGAUCAAGAGUUCGAGCGUGUGCUUCGCGAAUCUGAACGUGAAGCCAAAGAAUCGAAAGAGCAGCAAGAACAGGACGCCAGGGAACAGAAUGCAAAUUCCAAGGAAGCGACCAUUCCAGACAUGUGUUGGGAUGAAGAGUAUCAAGAAACUCUGUUUGUGGAUACCACGCACAAGAUUCCCUUUGAUCGAUCAUUUCGUAUGCUUGAGUUUGGCGAAUCCAUCGAUAAUUUCACAGAAGAAGAGGCUCAGAUUUUCCACUUGAAGUAUCACAGUUUCGCCAAGCAAUUUUCCAUCAUCGCACAAUCUCUUCCGCAUCGUGACUACCAGGCAUGCAUUCAGCACUAUUAUAUUGUUAAAACAACAGAUGCGUGGAAAUCAACCUUUAAAUUGAAGAAGAACCAAGUUAAACCCGGUAGGAGAAGAGGAGCAAAAAAAUCUAGCGCCCUCAUUACCAACGUUGAGAAUGGGGGCGGCAACGAAAUCGAAGCUAUACCAGAUGUCGAGAGUGGAAAUGAGCGACGUCGACCCAGGCGAGCUGCUGCCCCAACUUGGAAUUUUGAAGCACCGCCACCCACCGAGAACGAAGGUGCUAGUCCAGCUCCAACCCCGGCAAAGAAAGUUGCUACCCCGAAAGGAGACGCAAAUGGUGAAUCAGCUCAAACCAAACGAAAAGCCAAAGCUCCUCGAGAAAAGGCUCUGAAGCAACCCAAGGCUAGUCAAUUGUUGGCAGCUGCUCCCUCCCUUGCUAAUCGUAACGGCGAAUCACCAAAUCCUCCUUCCUCGACCGUUGCACCCGAACCCCCCGCACCCAUCAGGCCCCCUGUUGCUCCUACUCGUUUUGCUACACAUCAUGAUAAUCUUGGUCUUCAUCAACGUCCAACAUUCCCACCUCAAUUCAUGCCACUCGAGAGACUUACAAUGGCUAAUCUAGAAGUGCCACUUACACCCGAGCGCAUCGGCUCUGCCCCUCCAACAGGUGUCGAGUCUCAACCGGAUCGUCGUUCUGCCGUUCAACAACAAACCUCUAGCUAUUGGAGUGUCCCAGAAGUGACCGACUUUCCUGGACUACUACGACACUUUGGUACGGAUUGGUUUGCAACUGCAAAACAUAUGGGGACAAAAACGCAUACCAUGGUAUAUAAUGAAAUUUUUUCCGAGUGGCUUCAGAUGUCAAAUGGCCAAGAUGGCCCCAAGCGUCACGCUAACAUUGCUGAACAGGUCAAGAACUAUUAUCAGCGCUCGGUUGAUUCUGGAAGUAAAAAAGAAUGGGAGAACAUCACUCGAGACGCUGAUUCGAGACGUGAAAGAGGUGAAUCCACUGGCCCGCCACCGACUCCUUCUGCCCCAACAAAACGACGUUACGAUCCCACGCCCGCACCCCUGUCCAGAUCAGCAUCUGCUAUGGAUCUCGCUACAUUAUCUGCAAACGAACCUAUGAUUCUCUCCCUAACCUCCCCUGCUCAACCCUCGUUGAGUGCCAGAUUCCCAGCCUUGGCUCAAGCUGGACCGGUGCCUCAAUCAAUGAAUCAGACAAUAACUCCUAGUUCCUUACCGCCGUCUAAACGUUCGCAUCAUCAAGCUAACCAACAGAGCGUGUCUCAGAUACCACCAGCACUACCACCACCACCCCCACCAUCAUCACAACAACAACAAGAGCAACAUCAUCAUCAUCUUAAUCAGUACCAAUAUCAGGUCCAGCAUCCACAUCACCUUCAACACCAACAUCAACUUCAACAUCAUUACAUAACACAGCAACAAGAACAAGAACUGGAAACAGCACAAAAACCACCACCACAACCAAUCUCUCAAUCACAAUCACAAUUAAUGCAAAGCCAACAAGUUAGACAAUCGAGGGGCCCUUCUAUGGGAUUCUUCGCGACUGACAAUCAACGCUCCACCAUGCAGAAUGCUCUUUCUCAGCAAUCUCAAAAUGCUUCGCCAAUUUCAGAUUCGGCCGCCGCCGCUGCUUCUCAACGAUCGGCUCGGGUCGCUGAAGAAGCCGAAUCGGAGAGGCAGAAGGCUAUCCAGCAGGAGUCAAGGCGAAUAGGACAACAACAACUACAGGCACUGCAACAGCAGGCUCUACAACAGCAACAAGCGCAUCAACAAAGAGUAGAGCGUGAGCAGCAACAGAGAGAGAGAGACAUAAGAGAAAUGGAGAUUCGUGCCAAUGAACAGCAGCAGCAAAGAGAGAAAGAGAAAGAGCGAGAGAAAGAAGAACGAAUCUCAAAGAAAAGAAAUGAGCGGGAUCGUGAACAACUAGAUCAGAAAGGCGAACAACGAGAACAGAAAGGCGAACGACGAGAACAGCAAGAUCGAAAAGAAAAGCGAGAACGAAAUCUUCAGUUGAAGCAAGAGGAGAUCGAAGUCCGAACCCCACAGCAGUAUGAUCUAUACUUUACGCCCUCUGGCCGUACAGGAUCAAUGGCACCUUUGAGACCUGAGGCUCCAUAUUCGGCAGUCCCUCCGACGGAAGUUCGAAGGCAGGCUCCACGUCCAGCUCCACACCAACAAUACACACCGCGAAACCAAGUAGUUAGAAGUUUGCUCAGUGAUGGUAUGGGUGUUUCUCAAAACAUGAUUCAAUCUCCCUCUCCAGCCUUCGGCAGACCUACCAUUAGUACCCCGCCCAUUCAAGAACAGUAUUCGACACCCCCGCCUCCACCAGCGGGUGUUAGUGCCAUCCGCCAGCAAGACACACCAAGAAAGACUUCCAACAUCAUGUCAUUGUUGAACGAUGAAUCUAGUGAGCCUACUAGCAAUGCUCUACCGGUACUACGACCUCCAGUACAACCACAACCACAACCUCAACCACAACCACAACCUCAAUCACAAUCACAACUUAAGAGAGGUGGUGGUACCACAAUAGUUCCCGUGCAAGGUACUCGAACCCCACCACCUACCCAACAUCCAUUACAGACAUCGCGUUAUUCAUCACACCCAUCACAGUCUUUACAACAACCGCAACAGAUGUCUCAACAGAUGCAACAAACCCAACAAAUACAACAGAUACAGCAGGUUCCACAUCAGAUAUCUUCUCAGACAAAUUCACAACACGGAUAUUCACAAGCACCUUCCCAAUCUAUGCAUCAACAUUCGUCUUCGUUGGGUCGCAGUUACACGCCAGCGAUUUACGAAGGCCGAGGUGAUGUGCCCCCACCAGCUGCACAGCAUCACCCGACGAUGUAUUCUCAGCCUUCUCGUCAAGCAAUUAGUUCGCAGUCAUCAUCCAUUCGUCGAGAGCCUCUAAACGAAUUGAAUGCUCCUGGUGGAUAUACGCGAAGUCCAGUCACAAAACUUAAUGAGUCGCCCUAUUCUGCUACUCCUCCAGCCAGUCAACAACGUGGGCCAAUGUCUUCUCCUAACAAUUUGACUCAAGCUUCUGAUCGUGAAAUCUAUAAUCGUCAAUUGCAGUUCGCUGUGCCGCCGCAGCCAAAUACAGCGGUAGACUUCCAUGCCGGGCAUCAUCGAUCAAUGACUUUUGGGCAAAGUGGACACCGAACUCCGCCGACACGCGGCCAAUGGGUCUCAACUCAUCAUGUGCAAGCACGACAAAACAGCUUUGAUGGGCGAAAUUAUAAUGCCGUUUCAUCUGCGUCAGCUCCAGCACAGCAAAGUUAUGCCCAGCCACCUUCUCAUCAUAUGCAGUAUCAGCAACAGCAACCUCAAGAGCGUUUUGAUCAUCACUAUGAGAGAGAGCCGGAGCGAGAGAGGCAAGAGAGACAAGAAAGGCAUGAUAGGGAACAGUAUUACCGAAUUCAUGAGGAUCAACGAGAUCUAAGGCGGUAA